AUGUUCCCUCCAUCCACAGCACAGGCUGGUGACGCUCCAAUCCGUUCUACUGAUAAUGAUGCUGCAGUUGCCCGACUCUCUGCAGUUCAGAAAGGAUAUCUUAACGACCCCUAUAUCAAAUAUUUAGUUCCUCGUGCCCAUUUGAUAUCUCCUCGUCCACCUCUUAUCAACAUUGGUACCUACGUCAGGAGCGCAGGGAUUGAUGCCCUUGUAGAUCAAUGGAUAGAGCUUUCAGCAAGGGGUGGUCUACGAUGUCAAAUCAUCAGUCUCGGAUCGGGCAGUGAUACUAGGUUCUGGCGAAUUGCGGCACGACAAGGCGGCACAGCCCUCCAUUCAGAAAAAUAUCAUCUUCUACCCGCGGACCUCCGAUUGUCACCUUCAGAUACUAUUGAGCCAAUGUUGUUCUCCGCAAACACGGAAUAUCCAUCGACUUUGGAUCCAUCUUUGCCGACUCUUCUUCUCUUUGAAUGCGUUCUCGUUUAUAUGGAACCUCAAGCUUCCUCAAGGCUUCUCGAAUAUUUUAUUAAGGUCUUUGAAAGAGCACAACGAGGCGUGUUAGGCUGCGUUAUUUACGAAAUGUUCGGUCUCAACGAUGCAUUCGGCCGUGUUAUGAUCAACAACUUAAAGGAACGUCAUAUUGCACUCCCUGGCGCCCUGCCUUACACGACUAAAGAAAGCCUUUCUAAUCGGUUCCUCAGAGCGGGAUUUAUAGCCGCCGUAGCCGUUACACUCGAUGAGAUAAAAAAGGCCUACAUUGCUAGGGAAGAGCUUGAAAGAAUAUCUAAAGUAGAGUUUCUAGAUGAAACCGAAGAGCUUGACCUCGUCUUGGCUCACUACGCUAUUUCAUGGGGGUUGUUUUUAGGAUCACGAGAACUCGGCUCACACUGGGGCCAUUGGGGAUUAACUAAGAAGUCUUAG